GGAACAGGGGUACCAUUACACUCUGCCCAUGUUCUUUAUCCCCUAUAUGAACUUCAAUAUUUGUUUAAAGCUUUAUACCAUUUAGAGGAAAAUGGAUGUACAAGAAAGUGAUCAAGAUCUUGAGUGUCCAUUGAUUGGAGAAACUGAAAAAGAGUCUAAGAACAAGAAAAAUGAGAUUUUUGGAGAAGUAAAGAGGCUAUUGAUAUUAGCAGGGCCUCUUAUGUUAGUUAAUUUUUUACUUUAUUGCUUACAGGUUAUAUCUAUAAUGUUUGUUGGUCAUCUUGGAGAGUUAUCUCUUUCUGGUGCUUCUAUGGCUACUUCCUUUGCCUCUGUAACUGGUCUCAGCUUGUUGAUGGGAAUGGGAAGUGCAUUGGACACUUUAUGUGGGCAAUCAUAUGGAGCAAAGCAAUAUCAUAUGCUCGGUAUCCAUAUGCAAAGGGCAAUGCUUGUUCUUCUACUAUCCAGUGUUCCUUUGGCCUGCAUUUGGGCUAAUGCAGGACAUAUUCUUAUAUUAUUGGGACAAGAUCCGGAAAUAGCAGCCGAAGCAGGAGGUUAUUCUCGCUAUAUGAUUCCAACUAUUUUCGCCUAUGCGCUUCUCCAGUGUCAUAUUAGAUUUCUACAAGCCCAAAACAAUGUGGUCCCCAUGAUGUUCAGCGCCGGAAUCACUACUUUGCUGCAUAUAUUCACUUGCUUGAUUCUCGUCUUUAAAUCUGGUUUAGGCAACAAAGGUGCUGCUCUGGCUAAUGCAAUAUCCUACUGGAUUAAUCUCUUGUUGCUAGCUACAUAUGUCAGAAUAUCGCCUUCCUGCAAAAGCACUUGGACUGGAUUUUCGAAAGAGGCAUUCCGUGAUAUAUGGACAUAUAUGAGGCUUGCCAUUCCUUCAGCUGUUAUGCUCUGCUUAGAGCUUUGGUCAUUUGAAAUGAUGGUUCUGUUGUCCGGACUUCUUCCAAAUCCUAAGCUUGAGACCUCAGUUCUUUCUAUCAGCCUUAAUACAUGUGCAAUGGUGUAUAUGAUACCUCUAGGACUAAGUGGUGCCACGAGCAUAAGAGUUUCAAAUGAACUAGGGGCGGGACGACCUCAAGCAGCUCGUUUAGCAGCUAGUACUGCAGUAUUCUUGGUGGCUACAGAAGGCGUUGUUGUUGCAGUAAUUUUGAUUUCGGUUCGUAAAUUGUGGGGCUACUGUUAUAGCACUGAGGAAGAAGUAGUCGGAUAUGUAGCCGAAAUGCUAGUCUUGCUAGCAGGAUCCCACUUCUUAGAUGGUAUUCAAUCUGUACUUUCAGGUACUGCAAGAGGGUGCGGAUGGCAAAAGAUAGGGGCAGUUGUUAACUUGGGAGCUUAUUACCUUUUUGGAAUUCCUGCUGGAGUUAUAUUAGCUUUUGUCUAUCAUUUUGGUGGAAAGGGACUUUGGUGGGGAAUCACUCUUUCCCUUUUUGCACAAGCACUACUUCUUUUAAUAGUUACUCUGCAGACAAGUUGGGAAAAAGAGGCAAAGAAAGCAGCUGAUAGAAUGACUCCAGAGCCAGCAUAGAAGAAGAUGCAGAAUGAUACUUACUGUAGGAGAAAAGAUUCUCAUCCAAAUAAUCUCAAAGUUAUAAUUAUCCUUGGUAUACAUGAUGGGGGGAAAAAUAAUGGAUUUUAGAAAAUUUACCACACCAGAUCCUAAUUCAAAAGAAUUUCUGGUUUUCCUUUUGCUCGAAAGAACUUGCUAUUGACUACAGUAAUUGUUAACUAAAUCCAGACUUUGUUCAUAAAA